AUGCCCUUCCCGACAACCAACUACCCCGGAGCAGGGGACCUCAUGGCCGCGAGCGGCCUGUGCCAGGCCGUGCGGGUCGGCAACGUCGUCCACCUCUCCGGACAGGGCGGGUGGGAUGCGGGGUUGAAGGUGGACGCCGACCCCAAGGCGCAGAUCGAGCAGGCGCUCAAGAAUGUCGAGGCGGCGCUGCGGGGGGCCGGGGCGUCGGGGUUGAAGGACGUCUUCAAGUUUACUGUCUUCGUUACCGGCGAGUUCGACACCUUUGCCACACCGCUCAUCGAGCGCCUUAACGAGAUCUACGCCGCCGCCAUCCCCGCCAUGAGCGUCAUCGGCGUCAACAACCUCUGGCUGGGGAUGGGAAUCGAGAUUGAGGCGCAGGCGUGGGUCGGCAACGAGGCGGCCAAGGCCAACUUGUAG